GCUGUUUGGAGUAACAGGGAACUGCGCAGCCUGCAGUAAGCUCAUCCCAGCCUUUGAGAUGGUGAUGAGAGCUAAAGAGAACGUCUAUCACCUGGACUGCUUCGCCUGCCAGCUCUGCAAUCAGAGGUUUUGUGUGGGGGACAAGUUCUUCCUGAAGAACAACAUGAUCCUGUGUCAGACGGACUACGAGGAGGGGCUGAUGAAGGAGGGAUACUCCCCACAGGUUCGCUGACCCCAGGUGGAGAGAGGGCGAGGGGGGGAUGACGUGGUUGAGGAGAGCAGAGAGAGACUGAAGGAAGAGGAGGAGAGGCCAUCUUGCAAUCAGACACCAGAAAGCACUACUACUAUCCCUGUCUCUUCCUCCUCUCCAAUGUCAGAUCCCUAACGUGUAUAUAACCAACCAACAGCCAACUUUCAACCUGGAAGGGACCCUUUCUCUGCUGUACAGAAUAGCCAUAGAGACUAAGGGUUGUCAG